AUGUCGUCGUUGGCCGCUCAGUUAGCGGGCAUUCACGCCAACAAUAAUGCGACAAUUCUGGACAAAUCAAAGAGAAAAAAGGUACAUAGUGUCUCGUUGGUUUUCGACUCAAAAGAGGCCGUGACCCAGGACUUUGAGACCAUUUACUCUGUCUGUCUCGAGGGGUUCCGAGAGCUCGAAACAAUCGACAGACGCUUUUCAAUGUUUGCGAAUUCGCUCUUUUCAGAAACAUCUAUCCGUUUUGAUCGUAUGGUCCAGCAUGAUGACCGCGAAAAUGCCCUCAAUGCUGCGGUAAAUAAGUUUUUCAUGCUGGUUGCCAAUUAUCUCCAUCUCCGUCCGGCUCUUUUGGCACUUGAAUGGCUGGUCCGCCGUUUCCACGUCCAGCUACACAAUGCAGAGCAAUUUCUGCUUUGUGCCUUGCCUUGGUAUGAUACCCCGGCGUUCGUUCGAGUUCUGGAUGUUCUCCCUCAGAACGGUAUUCCUGCCCUGUUCUCCUUUUUGGGCCCCGCAAAGGCUUCUUUGCACUCCCCAAGUAAAAAUGCGCUUGUUAGAGUGCUCUCAAAGGACAAACAGCUUUUCGAUCUGCUAAAUUCCUAUGUUUUAGAGUGCGUGCAGACUGAAAUGGCUUAUAGCAGACAGCUGGUCUUCUGGUCCUCAAUGUCCAUCUAUACCAUUAUGGCCUUUAAGGAGACUAAUGAUCCAGAAGUUGUUGACCGUGUGCUCCCUGUGAUUUCGAAAUUGCUUUCGUCUCCACUUGCUGCCCCUCAGGUCGCCGCAUAUAUGGUUCUCACUGUACUCUGCUCCCAGUAUCCGCUCGCAGACGAUAUUUCGGCUGCUGCUAUUGCAACUAUCGUCAGUAGCUGGCACAAAACUACAGUCAGUCAGGGAUUAUCUUGUAUCUCCCAGCUCGUUCGCUAUUCUACCUCUGCGAAGGAGCCUUUCCCUAAACAAGUAUGGGACGAGCUCGAUAAGAUCCAGAACCUGACCCAACAGGUUCUCACUUUGGGUAAAUCCCAUCAGAUCAAUGCCUUUAUUGUCAAGUGGGUAGUCUCUGGUUUGGAAUAUGAGACCGUUGGUCACAUUCCCCAGGUGAAUACUGUGUUGUCCGAAUUGACUGUUGAUCCGGAAGCUUUGGCUUCGGUCCUCGAAGCAUUGUUCCAGUUCAUUAAGAAAAACCUAGUGGACCCCCAAUCCCUUGAUGCUUGUGUCAAUAUCAUUGAGACGAACAUCGAUUCCGAUGCCUUUAAAACGGCCUUGAAUGCAGCCUCCACGUCCGUUGACAAACUUGAGCUCCACUUGGGUGUUUCUAUCACCCGCCCGGAAGCUGAACACAUGGACGAGGAUGUCGUGAUGAGUGAUCCUAAGGUUUCCGAGACCUCGUUCGAUGGUGUGACCCGUGAGGCCAUUAUUGAAGAGAGCGAAAACCUUGAGAUGUCCUCAAGACAGUCAUUCCUUGAUGGUGAGCCUUUUACAGAUCUCGCAAAUCUCUGGAUUAAAGCCUCUGCUAUUUCCACAUUUACACCAUCUGAGCUUGCACAAUUGAUUUGCAUUUCUCCGCAAGCUGAGCCCUCUUUUUUCGCUGCCAUUGCUCUGGGUCCCUACCCCGUUGUUAGCCGUGUUGCAGCGGCCAAGAUGCUUCAAUCAAGAAUUGAGAAUACAGAAUCUCAAGACUUCCAGGGCCUUCUUGUUGUGCUCUUGUCUUUGCUUUCUGAUAAGGAGCGGUCGAUCCGCGAACCUGCUGCGGCUUCUAUCAGAUUCAUUGGUGAGCACCCUCCUGCUAAAAACACCAAUAUUUGGGGAUAUGAGACACUUUAUGGAGCUGUGAGCUCUGAUUUAGUAUGGCUCUCUCGCCAAGAUCAAAAGGUAAUCUACAAAUUUUUGCUCUCGCAUUUGCAUGAGUGCAUCUUGGACCCUGAGCAGAUCUUGGCAAUUUCAAGCAGCCUUGUCAACAAGAGUGCUGCUUUUAGUGAACUUGUAGCUGUUAAUGCCGCUUAUUCACCUGUUGUAUCCAUCACUUCCUUCGCCCUGACUGUUCUCAGCAAUCGCAAACUCAAAACUCCUGUGGCUGGCUUGUCUCCUUUAUUUGAAAGUUACCUCAAGAACCGCAAUACUGUUUGGAGUGAAAGAGCUGCUACUGCUCGCAUCUCUUUAUCUGAUAUUGAUAGUGCUGUUUGUGGUAGCGUCUCAGGUGCUGAUCCCGUUGGAAUUCUGUUUUUGCAGAACGCUCUCAAGAGCGGAGACAAUGAAAUCUCCCAGGCUGCUGGUCAGCGUAUUUUAACACUUUGGAGAAAUAAGCAACUGAAGGCUGAUGCAGAGAAUACAUUUUUGUCUACUCUGUUCAGCAUUGCUUCUGAUGAACGAUCAAGUCACGAUCCCACUGAUCUCCUGUCUGCCCUUCCGCUCAGCACUGACAAUUUUUCUGUCUUACUUAGCCAGUCGCAGCUUCAGAGCACUUCAACAGCAACUGCAGAUGUGCGCCGUCGUCAUCGCAGAUCUUCCGCCUCGCUCUCUUUGAACCCUGGUACUGUGGCAGCUGUUGCACAAUCUCACUUGCAUCGGCUGACAUUGGUCCUUGAACUGCUCGACAGUAAGACAGAUGAUAUUUCUGAACCUACAGCACUUUUCAGUCCGUUGUUUAGUUUGCUUGACGAACUCGCCGUUCUUGGAAAUGAGUCCAAUCUCCCUGUUCUUUACACGCAGGAACUUUUGGCCAACUGUCUCAUUCAUUUGGUCGAAAAAGUCAACGCUAAUGUCAGCUCAGGUGCCCGUGUACCCGAUCUUUCUUCCGUUCGUGUUGAUGUCACUGUUUCUUGCAUCAGAACGUCUCAAUCGCCUCAGGUCCAGAACCGUCUUCUGCUUCUUAUUGCCGCUUUGGCUUCCCUUUGCCCUGACAUUGUUCUGCACAGCGUUAUGCCCAUUUUUACUUUCAUGGGUGCAACCACUGUUCGUUUGGAUAAUGACUACAGCGCCCAUGUUAUUGAACAGACCAUUUCAAAAGUUGUCCCGGCCUUGGUUGCUUGUGGUGAUAAGCAGAAUGAAAUUGAGAUCGCACUUCUUAGUUUCGUCGCUGCUUUCCCCCACGUUCCUAGACAUCGUCGUAACAAGCUCUACAGUGCUUUGAUCAAGACACUUGGCCCCGAAGAGAGUCUGUACAAGUUCCUCUUGCUGCUUGCUCUCAAGUUUGCUGAGGCACGUACUCGGAAACGUAGCUCUGAUGCUAAGGCGUUGGUUCAUUUCACUACGACCUUCCUGCGCUCGUAUUCUAUCUCCCAGCAGCUGCUUUCUCUUGAACAGUUCUUGGAGUAUCUUGCCGAGGCAAAGAUUCGUGAAGAAAAUUCUGACAGUUCAAGCUCUGCCAUGGAAAGUGGAAAAGAUAAUAUACCCGUCUCACUUUUCGGUCAAGAUGGUCUUUCUCCUCACAUGAAGCCGUUCUUGUUUGAGUUCUUAACCUUGAGUGUCGGCAAUGACCAGACGAUUUCCGGUACACGUCCCCUGCGUGUCCAGAUCGCUCAUGCCGGCGCUUUCAGCGACGAGAACCUAGGUCAUUGUACACGUAUGAUUGACUUGCUGCUCGAAAACCAGACAGGUGCUGGCUCGCGUGAUGCUUCAUUUGAUCUGUUAUCGAAAUGCCUAGAGCUGUUGCCGGUUGCAAAAUUUGUCGAAGUUGUUACUCCAUUGGUUCACUCGGCUUCCAGUACAUUGGUAAAGGAACGGUCACUGGCGUUGAUUGCUUCAAAAUUCGAGUACGAGCUCGCCAGUGAUAUUUCGGCUCAACAGGCAGCGUUGUCUACACUGAAUAUGCUUGAGGCCACUUUGGGUUCAACUGGCGGUCUGUUGGCUGGUACCUUAGAUGAUAUUGAUCUCUUGGUUGUCAAGUACGGCCGCUACUUCGAGCCCGAGCGUCUUUUGAAGCUGUUGGAUGUUCUUGCUGGCCCUUACGGCCUGCUCAAUGAGGACACCCAUGUUCUGGUUUCAGCUGUUUGCUGCAUCAACUCAGCUUGCCAACAUCUGGGUGCACGCAUGAUUGGCCACUUUUCUCGCAUUCUUCCUAUUUUGUUCAGCAAGUGUGAGCAUGUCAUCCAGGAGAACUCUACCGAUGAGAAGUCAAUCAUGCUCCAAUAUGCUACCUUUGCCCUGGUGUCUGGCUUGAUUCAGCGUAUUCCAUCAUUCAUGGGAUCGGUCUCUAAACGUGUUAUGGAGCUUGUAUUGAUGUCUAAGAUUGAUCGGGGACCCCUUGAAAAUCUCAUGGCGCUCAUUGUUGAAAAGAUUGAUGCCCAAACUGUUAUGGGUGCUUUCAUUUCUACCUGGGACAACGCAGUACAGGGUGGUUUACCCGCUAUUGAUUUGUUCCUACGCCACUUUGACUCGGUUAUUGAACAGAGUCCGAAGAAGGAUAUUGCCGCCAAAGCCUCGCCCCUUAUCACGUUGCUGUUGCGCUGCUUUGGUGUUCGCGCUGUGGGACGAUUCAAUCCUAAUGAAGUGAACCACAUCGAGUCUCGCGUUGUUUCGUCGGGUGUUGCUGUGGUUUUGAAGCUCAAUGAUAAAGUUUUCCGUUCCUUGUUUGUUCGCAUGGCCCGCUGGGCAUUCGAGGGUGAAAGCGCAGGUGUCGCCAGUAUGGCUGAACCUUUACGCCAUGUGGUAUUCUUGAAAUUCUUGGUUCGUCUACUUGGUGAUCUCAAGUCCAUUGUCACAAACUAUUUUGGCUAUGUGUUGGAACCUAUCACGAAGAUUCUUGCUACCGAGUCAGACGAUGGCUACGGUGUUCAUGACCUGACCCGCAAGCUCAUCUACCAGUCUCUUAUCCUAUCUUUUGCUAGUGAUCACGAUGAUUUCUGGCAGUCUCCUUCUCGUUUCGAUCUUAUUUUGGAUGGUCUGCUUGUCAAGCUUGAUCAGGAGCAUAUCAUUCACGGUGCUCUGCUGGUCAAGGCACUUGUUGGUCUGGCUGAGACAUGCUCUUCCCAGCAACAUCGCAAAAACAUCAACGAUGGUUUAGCUGCUCGUGUUGUGCCUAGCUGCUCUUCGCCUACUAAGAUUUGGGCCAUCAAGACUCUUAGUAGUCUUUACACCAAGCUCGGAGAGGAGUGGAUCGCAGUGUUGCCUCAGUUUGUGCCCCUUAUUGCAGAGUUGCUGGAUGAUGAUGAUGAACAGGUUGAGAUGGAGGUGCGCAAGAAGCUUGUUCCUGUCAUCGAGGACGUUUUGGGUGAGUCUUUAGAUAAGUAUCUGUCGUAGGUUAAGAACGCUAAUUAGAUGUUGUAUGAGAAAACCAGAGAUGAACGAAGAUGCCCAGGUUGUAAAGCCUCGCCUGAAUUCUAAAUCAACAACUGGGAUGAAACGUCGAAAAAGAAACGUACUAUCGAAUAUAAUAAUCGGGUUAGUGUGAGUAUAUACAGUCCGCGCUGCGGUAUGUGCAGAGCUUUUUUAGAAACAGUCUGGUGUCGAGAAAUUGAUUAACCCUGGCGUUGUUUAUGCUUGGGGUUUGAUUUGCAGUAAACGUAAACGCGGCCCUUGCGGCGAACAAUGUAGCAGUGAGCGCAGUACUUCUUGACAGAGGCUCCAACUUUCAUACCACGAGAAGGAACAGCAAGACUAGUGGGCUGGGCACGCAUAGGUGCAGCAAAAAGGUGCUUCACAGGAGGACGGACGAGAGCCCGCUUCGAAGCAGACAAAAGAAGGUUCAGCAUCUCUUAAGUGGAAAGCGACAAAAAUUGGAUCGCUAAAAAAAGCUGACAAAUAUGGG